UAGUGCACCUGUUCCAGCUCCAAAGCUGCUCUCUCUCUCUCUCUCUUUCUCUCUCCUUAUCGGCCCUUCAUUGCCGUCUAUUCUCCUUGACGGGCUUGUCAUGGAUCCCAAGGAGGCCGGCAGGGCUGAGAAGGAAAAGGUAAUAAAGCGAAGGAACCGACCUGUGUUCCUGCGCUACCUGGAGAGGAGGAAGACCGACAGCAUAGUGGCUGAUGACACUUCUAAAGCUGACAUCAACCUGGGGACGCUGGUGAGGCGGAGUCAGUCUGACAAGACGGAGUACAGCGCCAAACUUAAAGAAAAAAUGUCACCGCAUGAUUUAUCUACCCCUGCCUCCCCAGCGCUGGACCCAGAAGAGGUCCGUUUGAGAAAGAUGAAACGCAGGUCAAAGGUCAUUCAAGAGCUGAUACAGACUGAAAAAGACUACCUCACAGACCUGGAGCUGUGCAUCCAGGAGGUGGUGCAGCCAUUAAGAAACAUGCAGGUCGUAGAUGUGGAUCGUCUGUUUACAAACACGGAAACAUUGUGCGAGGUAUCUGCUGCACUAUUCCACAGACUCCAAGACGCCAUGUCUGAUCCGGAUCCUGAGGCUGUCGUUAUAGGAGAAGUAUUCAUCCAGGCCAAGGCAGCUUUGGAAGACGUGUAUAAGAUUUACUGCUACCAUCACGACGAUGCCAACAUGUCACUCAAAUCCUAUGAGAAAGAGGAAGAAAUAAAGCAACAUUUCACCACGUGUGUAUUAUCACUGAAAAAAAUCUACGCUCUAGAAGGGAAGCCCAACCUUCUGGACAUGGGUUCGCUGCUCAUAAAACCAGUUCAGAGGAUCAUGAAGUACCCGCUCCUGCUUGGUGAGCUGUGGCAGGCCACACCUGAAGACCAUCCCGACUUCCUGCCAUUGCAGGAGGCCUUUACUGCCGCCAAGAUCAUCAACGUCAACAUCAACGAGUUCAAGAGGCGCAAGGACAUAGUAAUGAAGUAUAAAAAUUCAGAGGAUGAAGGAACUCUGCGCAAACUUCACAAGUUCAACAUCCACUCCAUCAGAAAAAAAGGUGACAGGUUUGCUGGUUAUCUCAAGAUCCUCACUGGAGUCGAACCACAGGUCAGAGAUGAAGUGUUUGAUAGAGAGGAGAAGCUGUUCAGGAGUCUGGAGAAAGCUGUAAGGCAGCUGGUUAAAAAUGUCCAAAGUUACCUUCAGUACAUUCAGGAAAUGGUGUCUGUAGCUGUGCACGAUGUCCACGAAAUGGAAACCAUCAUCAGGGAAUCAAACGGAUCAUCGCACAACAAAAACGACGAACCCUAUGAGCACUAUAAAGACAACAUGGAGCGUCUGGUCCUCUCACCUCUCUCGUCUCUUCAGGGGAUGUUCACUGCCCCUCAGAAGCUCAUCCAGAAACGUUACGACAAACUGUUGGAUUACUGCAGCCGCCUGGAGCGCUCGUCUUCUUUUUCAUCCUCGCAAUCGACUUCCUCUUCAUCUCCGUGCCUGGCAUCCGUAGACCCGCCCGGUCCUGCCAGGAGGGACUAUGAGGCUCUCAAUGCUUUGCUAGUGGAGGAGUUACAGCGGUUCAACACGGCGGCGUACACCAUCCUCAACAACUGCGUGAUCUAUUUAGUGGCCUUGCUCAUAGGCCUGAUGGAUGAAAUGCUGCUGGGUGCUCCUUCCAUGCAGCAGUUGCCCGCACCGUUGUCUAACAUCACUGAGGUGCAGAACAGCAUCAUGGAUGAGUUGAACAAUCUGACUUUUGUCAAGGAGAACGCACAGAAGUUAAUGGAGCGGAAAGUCAGCUUUGAGAGGCAGCGAGACAAGAAAAUAGCGAUGCCGGAAGUGGAGCAUCAGACAGAAGAACAACGUGCCCGACUUCUGGCUGAAUAUCCUCCGAGUCAUCUGUACCAGCUGAAGAGGAAGUGUAAUGGCUGCCAGGAGCAGGACCUAAGCCUGCUGGAGGGGGAGCUCGUGGCCCUGCUGGAGGACACGGACCCCCUAGGCAGCAGCAGCCGCUGGCUGGUUCACACUGGAGGUACGCAGGGCUACGUCUACUCGACAUUCCUGAAGCAAUACAAUCCUCUGCGGGAUUCGCAGCGAGGAGGCCAAGCGGCCAAACAGCAGCAACAGCAGCAACAACAGCCGCCCAACAUGGCCGAUGAGGACUUUGACGACUUGAGCCUUUUUGUGUCAGGCAGUGGGAGUAGCAGCCUACGGAGCUUCAGCCUCAACGCCACCGACAGCAGCUCCACCCUCUCGGGCCUUCAGGGAGACCUGGAGAGCACUGAAGACCUGGAGUCCUCGUUUGACACCGAUGCUCAACAGUACUAUGCCGUAUAUGCAUUCCAAGCCCGCUGCGAACAGGAGCUGACCUUGCAGGAGUACCAGCAUGUUCGCAUCCUGCAGUUCUGUGACCUGGGAGGUAACAAAGAGUGGUGGCUUGCAGAAGCCGAUGGGCAGAAAGGAUACGUCCCAGCUAACUACCUUGGCAAGAUGUCUUAUGCUUAAAAACAUUCAUUCAUUCAUUCAUUUUCUACCGCUUCUCCUCACGAGGGUCGCGGGGGUGCUCGAGCCUAUCCCAGCUGUCUUCGGGCAAGAGGCGGGGUACAUAUUUUGGACUGGUCGCCAGCCAAUCACAGGGCACAUAUAGACAAACAACCAUUCACACUCACAUUCAUACCUAUGGACAAUUAACCUAGUCGCCAAUUAACCUAGCAUGUUUUUGGAAUGUGGGAGGAAAACCGGAGUACACGCAUGCACGGGGAGAACAUGCAAACUCCACACAGAGAUGGCCGAGGGUGGAAUUGAACCCUGGUCUCCUAGCUGUGAGGUCUGCGCGCUAACCACUCGACCGCCGUGCCGCCCUGCUUAAAAACAAUCAAUUGUUUUUAAUAAUCAAUACUGUUUCACUGAAUGUCAACUAUUUCAGCUUUGUGAAAACAAAGUGUUGAUCUUGUCAUAUUGACAAUGUGACCUCCAUGAAGAACAUGUGAUGUUUCAAUGUUUAAAACACAAGCUGCUGUGCUGAGCACUUUUUGACUGUAAGUACCACAGUGUUGAGUUUAGAAGUCAUAUAAGUCAGAUGUUUUUAUAUGAACAGCUUUAGAUGAAGCAGGUGAAAUGAUUUAUCAAUGAAGUUUUAAUGUGAAAUAAAAUACUCAACGUGUCAUUGUUUAUGUUUCAUUUUUAUUACGUGAUGAUUAAAGACUCUAUGACAGUUUUUUUUUUUUGCUUGGAUCCACAUUCGUACAGUCACAAGUCUUCGCUGCUGCCAGAUUGUUCAUAAGUGGAAUUUGAAUGACACGUAGGUUUAAAAAAACAAAACAAACGACACUUCUCUCUGGAUCAAUUAAUCGGGACAGAAUGAGGCAAUGGAUAAUAAAUGAGGCACAGCAAGUCCAGCAGCAUUUGACACGAUGUAAGAUUCAAGU